UUUCCCCCCACUAUAUAAACCCUAACCCCCACACCCUCACUCAAACCCUCAAAAUCUCCCCGCCUAAAAAAAAACCUAGAUUCCCCAAAUCAAACAACCCGAACGCUUCUUCCGACGACCCGGAAACGAUGUUGGAGCUCCGACUGGUGCAGGGGUCGCUGCUGAAGAAGGUGCUGGAGUCCAUCAAGGACCUGGUGAACGACGCCAACUUCGACUGCUCCUCCUCCGGCUUCUCCCUCCAGGCCAUGGACUCCAGCCACGUGGCGCUCGUCGCCCUCCUCCUCAGAUCCGAGGGCUUCGAGCACUACCGCUGUGACCGCAAUAUCUCCAUGGGCAUGAACCUCGGCAACAUGUCCAAGAUGCUCAAGUGCGCCGGAAAUGAUGACAUCAUCACCAUCAAGGCCGACGAUGGCAGUGACACGGUCACCUUCAUGUUCGAAAGCCCCACACAAGAUAAAAUUUCUGAUUUUGAGAUGAAGCUGAUGGAUAUUGAUAGCGAGCACCUAGGAAUUCCGGAGGCAGAAUAUCAGUCUAUUGUGACGAUGCCCUCAGCUGAGUUUGCUAGGAUAUGUAAGGACCUCAGUGGGAUUGGUGACACAGUUGUGAUAUCUGUGACCAAGGAAGGUGUGAAGUUCUCCACAAGAGGGGAUAUAGGCACUGCCAACAUUGUCUGUAGGCAGAACACUACAGUUGACAAGCCCGAAGAAGCAACGGUCAUAAACAUGAGCGAGCCAGUGUCGUUGACAUUCGCUCUGAGGUACAUGAACUCGUUCACAAAGGCAACCACAUUGUCGAAUACAGUCACAAUCAGCUUGUCUUCUGAACUUCCAGUUGUGGUUGAGUACAAGAUUGCAGAGAUGGGCUAUAUUAGGUUCUACCUGGCUCCGAAGAUAGAAGAAGACGAUGAAGGCGAAACCAAGCCUGAAGUUUGAGUGUUCACACCACGUCAUCACCAGCAUACUCUUUUGCUGACUUGAAUUACUCGGUUUAAAAAUCCAAGUAGCGGGAUUUUCUCAAUACUUCUCUGUUUGAGGUUUUUCUUGCUUUCUCUGUGACAAUUAGUUAGCAGAUGUGUAGUUUCGGAGUUUUCGAAUCCGUUCCGUUAGGUCAAACAAUGUUGUUUCUCCUGGUUUUUUUAGUUGAUUUGUGGGUUGCAUAA